CUCUAUCUGCCCAGUUCCUGCUGCGGCAGGGGUCACCCAAACGUCGCAGAGGGCGGGACGCAGCACGUGGGCGGCGAGGGCUUCCCGCGCGAGCUUCCCGUGCAAGCUUCUCCCGCGGCGGGCUCCGUAGCGCGCGCGCGUUCCCGCUCGCCCUCAGCUUUCCCGGGCUGCAGGCACAGCCCCGUCCGGCCCGCCCGCUCCUCCCCCUCCGCCUCCGGGACUUUUACUUUCAGUUUUCCCAAAGCUGCCCUCGACCCUUGCGGAGGACGGACGCAGCCGUGGGCUCCUGGCCGCCGCCGUGGGAACGAUGACCGAUGAUCAGGACUGUGCAGCGGAGCUGGAAAAGGUGGAUUCUUCCAGCGAAGAUGGAGUUGACGCCAAGCCAGACCGCUCCUCUAUCAUCUCCUCCAUUCUCUUGAAGAAGAAGAGAAAUGCCUCUGCAGGCCCCGUCAGGACCAGCCGGGACCGAGUGCCCGCUUACCUGUACCGCAUGGAUUUCCAGAAGAUGGGUAAAUGCAUCAUCAUAAACAACAAGAACUUCGACAAAGCGACAGGUAUGGACGUCCGGAAUGGGACGGACAAAGAUGCAGGGGCCCUCUUCAAGUGCUUCCAAAACCUGGGUUUCGAAGUAACCGUCCACAAUGACUGCUCUUGUGCAAAGAUGAAAGAUCUGCUUAGAAAAGCCUCUGAGGAGGACCACAGCAACUCGGCCUGCUUCGCCUGCGUCCUGCUGAGCCACGGGGAAGAGGACCUGAUUUACGGGAAAGAUGGCGUGACGCCCAUAAAGGAUCUGACGGCUCAUUUUAGGGGAGACCGAUGCAAAACCCUGUUGGAGAAACCCAAACUCUUCUUCAUUCAGGCGUGCCGAGGGACGGAGCUCGACGAUGGAAUCCAGGCUGACUCGGGGCCCAUCAACGACAUUGACGCUAAUCCCCGCAACAAGAUCCCGGUGGAAGCCGACUUCCUCUUUGCUUACUCCACGGUUCCAGGUUAUUACUCAUGGAGGAACCCAGGGAAAGGCUCCUGGUUUGUGCAGGCCCUCUGCUCCAUCCUGAACGAGCAUGGCAAGGACCUAGAGAUCAUGCAGAUCCUGACCAGGGUGAACGACCGGGUGGCCAGGCACUUCGAGUCCCAGUCUGAUGACCCGCGCUUCAACGAGAAGAAGCAGAUCCCGUGUAUGGUGUCCAUGCUCACCAAAGAGCUGUACUUCAGCCGUUGACCACCCUUCAGCUGAGAACCUGCCACCGUUCGUUGAUGAAUCCAGUUUUUAUUUUAUUUUUGUUCCGAUGCUCUCAAAAUAUCCAGAAAUGUUGUGGGGAUUUAAUUUCAGGAAAGUCUAGAUUUUUUUUUUCGUUUAAUAACUUUGUUCAUCUGAUGACUUCAUGCUCUUCCUCUAAGGUUGAUUUCCUGUUUCUGUUUCUUUUCUUUGUCGUCUCGCUGAGUGCAUGCUGUGAGCAUGACCUCUGGAGAAGACAUUGGCAAUGACGUGGAUGGGAAGUCAGAGUCUCAGUUGAACUUGGCAAAGAGAAUCCCAGCUCUUGAUGAAAGACCUGUUGGCCUCCAUUGGCAAAGGUGGCUGCUGAGUGGUUGUUCUCAGUGGCUUAGGGCAGAUUCUUAAGCCGACCUUCGCAGGUGGCUGAGAGAAGACGACAGUUAAUAUUCUAGUAUAUAGAACCCAAUCCAGAAAAUAAGCCAUUCUAGGAAUAUCGGUGCAGAAAGGUCGAUACAGAGAAUUCAGUUACUCGGGUAAUUAAGAGACAGCCAAUCCUGUUACCUCACAUGCCUCUGUGCGGCUGUAAGAGGACUUCAGUUCCCUUGUCAUCAGUAAGAACUGUGGCAGGGCAGCCUUCUAGAGACGAGAACCAUGAAGGGCUAUGGUGAUUGGAGCCAGGCUCAGGGCAAGCCACUGCCUGAGAUGGAAACCAAGCCAAAACUGAGUCAGACACCAAAUGCCUCCCCAGGCCUGUGCCCAUAUCCACCAGCGCCUUACAAUUCCAAGGUGCCUGAAAGCCACCUAGGGAGGGCCUAGGGACCGAGCUACCUUGUGCUACAGAGCAGAGAAAGGGAUAGCAAGGCAGGGGUAGUGGUGGGGGUAAACUUGGCUCAAAAUGUGAAUUAAAUAACCAUGUCCUCUGGCGUGCUACAAUGUAUUCAUUCACUCUUCACUGAUUUAUCAGAUCAUCCAUCCAUACAGGUGCUGAAGAGUAACCCAUUUCACUUUGUAUACAAGAUAAUGUUUUUAUACUUCACAUACAUCUGGAAUUCUUUCAAAUAUUCCAAGAUUUUUUUUUUCUGAAUAAUCUUUGGUUACCUCUGGUUCUACAAAUGACAAUUUAGGUAAAGAUCUUAGCAGUUUCUUUCCAAGGUAUCCUUUUCUUUGGAAUUUGUUAUACAUUCCUGUUCUUCCCACCUAAUAAAUGGUUGACAGAUGUUCCUAUUUAUUGAUUAAAAUGUGUUUCAGAAACUCCUGA